UGAUGCAAUCCAAUGGUAUAAACUAACAACAGUACAUACUUUCUUUGUAUAUUAUCUACUGCUUCUUGAUUGUUGCUGUUAACUGCCCUCAAGUCAACUUUGAUUUCUGGGAACCCUCUAAGUGAGAAACCUUUAAGAGUAUUUCCACACAGCCAUAUAAGCCAGAAUAUCAAGGCAGAUAAUCCAGAAGAUCUGCUUUGAACUGGGUUAUCUGAGUCCACACUGCCAUAUAACCCAGUUCAAAGCAGAUGAAGUGGGAUUUUAUAUAGUGGUGUGGAAGGAGCCUAAGUCACCCUAUCUUCAACAGCCUUGCUCAGGUCUUGCAGAUAUGUGUGUGUGUGUGUGUGUGUGUGUGUGUGUGCGUGUGCGUGUUCUACCCCGUCACCAUCUCCACGACUUGGGGCGGCCAACAAAAUACAUAUAGAUAAUAUAUAAAUCUGAAAUUAUCAAACCACAGAAUUACAAUCACACAUAUACAUAAUUACAAUGCAAGACAAUAUGCAGAAUGCCGCUAAUUAAAUAGCAGGGUUUAGUGGUGUAUUCAGAGGCUUACAUUGACUAUAGUGCUCAUCUAGGAUUGGAUGAUAUGGGCCAGGGGAAAUUAUUCAAUUAUUUUUCAGUUUCACUGUGAAGUACAGUUUAAAAUAUAAACUACAAAAAGAAUGAACACACACAUUACAGCAUGUUGCAAUUAAAAGGGCAGGGUUAGUGUAGUUGUUCCAAUUGGCACCAGGCAGAUUGUCCUGGUAAGAGUGAGAUUGGCUUGAUGGUGAACACUGUUGCCAUUUUGUAAUGUGGGAAUAUGUAGAGAAAGACUUGUAGAAUUGCACAAGAUUUUUGGGAAAAUGUGAUUAAAGAAACAAACAAUGAUUACUAAUAAGUUUAAGAAAAACCCAGAAAAGUGGCUUUUAGGGUUAUUUAGAGCGAGAAUUCACAAAGGAGAUGAAAUAUGUCAAUAUAGCUCUGUUGCAGCUAGAUUAAUAAUAGUGAAAUCUUGGAAGGGGGAAAAAGAACUUCUUAUAAAGGAUUGGACACCAAAACAAUUAGGUUAUAUUCAAAUAGCCAAGCUAUCCAAUGGUAUUAAGGAAGGAAAUAAUGAAGAGUUUGCAAAGAAAUGGAGGCUGACACUUGGAUAUUUGGAAAGGAAGACAGAUGUAGAUUUUAGAGUAGCUGCAAUGGCAAUUUAUUAAAGCAGAUAUAACGGUAGGUUUUAAUAGAUAGAAGAUUCACAAGGAGUAGGGGCUGGGCUUAACACAGCAGGGUGCAGAAAGAUCCUGCCGAUCAAAAGGUCAACAGUUCGAGCCUGGAUCGGGGUGAGCACCACUGUUAGCCCCAGCUCACCUGCCCACCUAGCAGGUCGAAAGCACAAAUGCGAGUAGAUAAAUAGGUACUGUUUUUAUCGGGGAGGUAAUAAAGGUGUCCUUAAGGACAUUGAUCGGGAGGAAGCUCCUCAGUAUGGAAGAUGGAGUGACAGAACCCACACUCCACCCAGUGGCCAGAGUCGAGCACAGCCUCCAAGAUGCCGGAAAUAGGAUGGGAAAAACUGUCUUUACCUCUGUCUGUGUUGUCUGUCCUUGUUAAUUGUAUAAUCGGCAUCUAAUGUUUGCCGUAUACCUGUUCUGUAAAACUGCGCUGAGUCCCCUUUGGGGUGAGAAAGGUGGGAUAUAAAUACUGUAAAUAAAUAACUUUCAUGAGUAUGGUUGGAGGGAAUAGAUGUGGUAGGAUGAGGUAACUGUAUAGUCUUUUUAUUGUUUGUUUUUUGUUUUUAUGUUUGUUUACUUGUAUACAAUAAAAGAAUGGUAUCAGAAGUGUCAAAGGUCUUAAAGGAAGAUCGGAGUAGCCCAGCAGGAUGCCACCUUCUGUUCCCCUCUGAGAUGCAACAGGCUACAGGAGCGUAUUUUUUCUAAGCAGAUCCUUGAAAUUAAACUCCAAAUCCUAUGAUACUUGGCAGAAAAUUGGCUGAUAUUAUAGAGCAUGUAGUUCAAUUAUAAUUUGCCAUGAUAAAAGACCUUCUGCCUGUCUCUGAAAUGUACUGUGGAGUGUGAAAAAACCAGCAUCUUUCCCAUCAUUCAUACUCAAGUACUGAGACUCAAGUGUGUGUCUUUGGAUAUAUCUGCACUCCACAUUUCUCAAAACAGUCCUAGUAAAGGUUUUCCCAUGACAUUAAGUCUAGUCAUGUCCGACUCUGGGAAUUGGUGCUCAUCUCCAUUUCUAAACCGAAGAGCUGGCGUUAUCUGUAGACGCCUCCAAGGUCAUGUAGCCGGCAUGACUGCAUGGAGUGCUGAUACCUUCCCGCCGGAGCAGUACUUAUUGAUCUACUCACACUUGCAUGUUUUUUAACUGCUACGUUGGCAGAAGCUGGGGCUAACAGCGGGAGCUCACCCUGCUCCCCGGAUUCGAACUGCCGACCUUUUGGUCAGCAAGCACAGCACCUCAAUGGUUUAACUCCUGCGCCACUGUGGGCUAGCCACAUCCUAAUGCUGGGUUAACUAAAUAAAUAUUACUUAGAAGCAUCCUGAGAAAAGAGGAGUUGAGGAUUAAUCUGUUUACAGACAUUCGAGGUGUCCAGGGAAUUAUUCUGGGUUUGUCAUUAGUGGGAAAAUAUGGGCUCUCUAACAUAAUUCAUUGUAAUCUUCAAACCCAAGAUUCCCAAGAGCUAAGCUAUAAGUAUCAAAAUGGUAAAAACUGAUCCACUUGUGAAGAUACACUUCUGCUUAUCCUUAAGGGACCUGUUACCCAAACAAAUCUUUGUUCUUUAAUGAACACAUCAGGAUGUUUUACAAAAAUAUUCACAACUGGUAAUCAAUUUUACUCAAGCUGCAGUGAAGGUCCUUCCUUUGUUGAUAAGACUUGGCACUAUUUGCAAAGUGUCAGUUUGUGGAUAAGCCCAUGGUCAUGGCCUGGGUGCUCCAGUUUAUAAAAGCCAGUAGGUGAUGUGCUUGGGUUAUAUCUACGCAGUCAUGAAGGAGAAGAAGAUACUUCACUUUCUUGCUCUUGCAGUUUUAGUCCAGGCUUGCAUUGCAAGCAGUGAUGGCCAAUAUGGUUACUCCUUGACAGGGCAACCAGAGAAGACAGCAAAGGGCUGGAGGUUGAGUCUUUCAAGACAUGGACCAGCUUCACGUUAUGGCAAUGACAUUUUUUAUGUUGAAAUGCAUGUGGAAUAUCAAACCCAAGACAGACUAAGGUUUAAGAUCUUUGAUCCAAACAACAUACGGUUUGAAGUUCCUCUCAAGAUUGAAUCCCCAUCUGUCAUGGCUGCCGACACUAACUAUGACAUUGAAUUUGUCAAUGAUGAAUCUACUCGAUUUAAAAUCAUAAGAAAAGCCACAGGAACAGUGCUAUGGGAAACUUCUCUUGCAAAUCUGGUAUUUUCUGACCAAUAUCUUCAAAUUGCCACUAAUGUUCCAUCCACUUCUGUGUAUGGUUUUGGAGAGCAUCAGCAUCCAUCCUUUAAACACAAUAUGAACGAUAUAACCUAUGGGAUGUAUUCUAGGGACCAGUCUCCAAAGGUAAGCCAAUUCAUUUUGUCAUCUUACAAUUUUCCCAAGACAAAUCUUUAUUCUUUCGACUUCCUUUUGUACGUUGUUACUAGAGUUGUGUAA